AGUGACCAGGUCCUGAAAGUACGCAGCGUACUGGUUGGCGCGGGGCUUAGUGUGGCUAUCUUUGAUAAGUUUUUGAGGCUGUCGGGGUCUGCUAGGAAGGUAUGGAUUGGGGAUGUGGAAGUGUUUACUUUUGAAGGAAUACCUGCUCCUUGUUUAUGGGUGCGAUUCACGUCGGUAACAGUGUUGAACUUGGCCUCCAUGGACGUGGUCUACGUAACCAUCUUUGUCCAGAAAUUCCACGAUGUCUGGAGUCCGGCCGUGCAGCUCCUCAUCAUCGUCGCCCUGCUCUACGUCCUCAUCGGACCCUCGGCCUUUGUCAGCCUCGCAUCAAUGAUCCUCCUCUUCCUCUUCCAAAGUCAAGCUGUCAAGUCUACCAGCGCAGGAAUCAAGAAAUAUAUCAGCCUCAACGAUCAGCGGAUAGACAAAUCGGAGAUAUGCUGUACAGCAUCAGCGCCGUCAAGCUUCACGUGCUCGAGGUGCCCCUCCUGCAAAAGAUCGCGGUGGUUCGGGCUUCGCAGCUGAAAGCGCUCAGAAAGUACCUCAUACCGGCUUUCUGCUAUUUCACCUCCGUUAACCAGAGCAUCCCGAGCUUCAUGGCCUUGACGGCGUUCGCGACGCAUUCCUUGCUUGGGAACGAGUUCUCGAACUCGACCGUGUGCCCCGCGCUCACUCUGUUCAAUAUGAUCUGCGCGCCCGCUUUCAAGUUGACGCUGGUUGAACCGCGUUCUGAACGUGCGGCCGUCGCUGGAAGGGAUCUAUGCGUUUAUGACUGCGCCGGAAGUCUCGCUGAAGGAUGCCGAUCGGACGGGCGCAAGCCCGCUGGCUGUAGAUGUUGCUAAUGUACCCUUUGCGUUUGAGGCAUAAACGGACGCACGCAAAACAUCUGGCACGAGCGACAAGUCGAAAUCGUGGACGACAAGGAGAUUAGUGCUGAUGCGGACACGAGCAAAUCUGCAUUCUCCCUGCAAGUCGAUCAGCUCCGAAUCCCCACCGGAUCGCUUACAAUCGUGGUGGGGCUUGUCGGCAGCGGCAAAUCCUGCCUCCUAGCAGGCC